AUGGAACCCGGCUGCCUUGCUACAGCCAAACCACAGGGCAGUUUCGAGCCCCAACCUUGCAAACUCAACACAAGGGCAGUUUUCACACCCUCAAUCGCCUUUGCAGCAGAACCAGAGAAUGCAGCAGAGACCUCAAAUGAUCCCAACGACACUCCGUCUGCUGGUCCCUCCAGCCGAUCAUCUACCCCAGGUAGCAGUUAUGCGAACGGCUUCAAUGGUGCAGGUAAUUUCAUCGAGCGUAUCAAUAACGUUCAACAUCGCUCUGUCGUUCCGCAGCCCAAGCGGCGGAGAACAGAAGAUAGUGAGAACGGGUUUCAUCAUAUCAUGACUCCUCAGAUGCACGGCGGGGGUGGAAUUCUCGGUCAAUACGUUACGGAUAGACGCCAGGAAGCCAACGGUGCAACUGCUUCGCCAUCCAUGACAGUUGAUCUCACGGAAGGGAACGAUGACGAUGAGGUAGUCAUGCAAGACCCUCGAGAAGAAGAAGUAUGUUAUGGAAUGAUCAAAGCUUCCUUGGGCUGCACUCGAGUCCCUUCGCCAAAACCGGGUACUCAAAGCGUUUGGGGGCCAGGCUAUCAGCCUGCCAUCAAAGUUGUGCUCAAGCGGCAGGUUGGUGAUUCGUCGUUUAAAAUACAAGCAUACGAUCACACACGGCAGAUCAUUGGUUUAGUCGAGGCCCAAGGUGCCCGUGCCAUUGCUCCUCUUCUCGACUCUAACAUUCAUCUGAGGACAGACAGCCGAAUCCCGCCGCAGCCAAAGAAGCCCGGCGAGGAACCUGGCCAGCCAACCUCGCGAUCUUACACUCUUGACAUAGUCAUGUACGGGCCGCUCAAGUACUCGAGAAACGUAGGCGGGCACCUGAGCAAAUUCGGCCAGAAGUUGCUGGCACCCUACCUCGUUCAGAAGGGUAUUCGUGUCCAAAACCCACACGUGCUCGAGUAUCGCCCUCCACCGCCACGGUCUUAUCCUCCCAACCCUUCUGGCGAUGGCCAAAAUGCCUCUUACGGUAGCACUUUCACCAAUCGGACCGUGGAGGAGAUUCGUUCAGAAGUUAUGGGCGUGUUCGACUCCCUCACACGCAACGAUGAUUUGCCCGAGAUGGAACCACAUUUCAACAUUCUGACGCCUUUGCUUAAGCACCAGAAGCAAGGUUUGUUCUUUAUGAUGACCAGAGAGAAGCCCCGGGAGGCUCAAGCUCACGAGAAGACCAUGGUUUCCUUUUGGCAAGAUAAAUGGGGACCUUCUGGACAGAAGGUAUACUUUAAUGUCAUCACCGGACAGAACCAAGCCAAGCCACCAGCAGAAACUCGAGGAGGGAUCUUGGCUGAUAUGAUGGGUCUUGGCAAAACACUGAGUAUCCUUUCCCUGCUUACAACAUCCACCGAUGCAGCAUACGAAUGGGAGCGACAGGCACCAAUUCAGCCUGAAGUACCGGAACAGAAACCGACCAAACAUGAAGUUCUCUCCCAGCAGCCAACUCUGGCUUUAACACCAGUGACGAAAAAUGCGAAAACUACUUUACUUGUCUGUCCUUUAAGCACAGUGACAAACUGGGAGGAACAAAUCAAGCAACACGUUCAGCCUGGUGCUCUUACCUACCAUAUCUACCAUGGACCCAACAGGAUCAAAGACCCUGAGAGACUUGCAACAUUCGAUCUUGUCAUCACAACUUAUGGCUCAGUAUCAAAUGAACUCAGCGCUCGCCGGAAGAGGAAGGAAGGCCAGUACCCUCUCGAACAGAUUGGUUGGUUCAGGAUUGUGCUGGACGAGGCCCAUAUGAUUCGUGAACACAGCACCCUCCAGUUCAAAGCAAUCUGUCGACUACAGGCGGACAGACGUUGGGCUGUUACUGGUACACCUGUUCAAAACCGGUUGGAUGAUCUCGCGGCUCUGCUGGCUUUCCUUCGACUUCAUCCUUUCCACGAUCGAACCAAGUUUCUUCGAUACAUUGUGGAGCCUUUUAAGGCUUGCGACCCCGAGAUUGUGCCCAAACUACGAAUCCUUGUCGAUACGAUUACCUUGCGUCGACUGAAGGACAAGAUUGACUUGCCUCCUCGGGAGGACCUGGUGGUGAGACUUGAUUUUAGCCAAGAGGAACGUAGUAUCUACGAGUUGUUCGCAAAGAACGCGCAGGAUCGUGUCAAGGUGCUUGCUGGGACUAACAAUGGGCAAGCGCUUGGCGGCAAUACCUAUAUACAUAUUCUGAAGGCGAUCUUGCGACUUCGCCUUCUGUGUGCGCACGGCAAAGAUUUACUUAAUGAUGCCGAUCUGGAUGCAUUGCAAGGCAUGUCUGCAGAGAUGGCAAUCGACAUUGACGAUGACGAAGAUGACGACAAGCCAGCGCUUUCUGACCAGAAAGCGCACGAGAUGUUCACUCUGAUGCAAGAGACCAACAAUGAUGCAUGCAUCGAAUGCAGCAGGAAGCUUGGUUCAAACGAAAGCUCCAAUAUUGAAGCAGAAGGUCAGGAUGACAUCUUAGGUUUCAUGACACCUUGCUUCCAUGUCAUCUGCAGAACUUGCAUCAGAACGUUUAAGGAACGGGUCAAGUCCAUGACAGCACCUGGCGAGAACAGUGGCAAUUGCCCAGUUUGUAACACAUAUGGGAAGCAUGGGUUCGUGCAGCUCCACCGAAGGGAGGUAGACGCGGAGCACGACGGUCCAGCAAAGCCCAAGUCGCGCAAUUCUGUGAAGAAUUUCGACAAGUACGACGGUCCUCAUACAAAGACUCGUGCUUUGAUUGAAGAUCUUCUCAAGUCGAAAGCGGCGAGCGAGGCAAACCCAUCAGAGCCCCCCUUCAAGUCGGUCGUUUUCUCAGGGUGGACUUCUCAUCUGGACCUUAUCGAGCUUGCCCUCAAUGCCAACGAGAUUGUCUUCACCAGACUUGACGGCAGCAUGAGCCGUACGCAACGAACUACAGCCAUGGACAGGUUCCGUGAGGACAACACCGUUCAUGUGAUUCUGGUGUCCAUCAUGGCUGGUGGACUUGGCCUGAACUUGACGGCUGGAAACAGCGUCUAUGUCAUGGAACCGCAGUACAACCCAGCAGCUGAGGCUCAGGCUGUUGAUCGCGUCCACCGACUAGGACAGAAGCGACCUGUGCGUACUGUCCGAUAUAUCAUGCGGGAUAGUUUUGAGGAGAAGAUGCUGGAGCUUCAAGAGAAGAAGAUGAAGCUUGCCAGCCUCAGCAUGGACGGCCAAAACAGGAGCCUAGAUAAGGCAGAAGCGGCCCGGCAAAAGUUGAUGGAUUUGCGAAGUCUUUUCAAAUGA